AUGUUGCCACCCGCGGAUGACGACGUGGGCAAUAGUAUAUGCGUCUUGUUCACUGGGGCGUCUGCUCGGGUUACACGCGAUACACUCUUGCAUUUUAAGCCUCUGUUGGCUUCGAAAUCCAUUGUGCGUACCCUAAUCAGUUUUCUAGUUGAGAACAACCCUUUCUACCGCGAAGCAGACGUGCAGUUUUCUGAGGAGAAUCUGAACAACUUAUUUUACCCCGAACAUGCAAGUCUCGAACGCGCGCCCCUCAGAGCAAUGCAGGUCUGCACAUUAGAAGGGCAUGAUAAUGUCAUCAAUGCUGAAACGUUUACUUCCUCGCACGUCACGUCUGCGGCCGACGCCGAUUAUUAUCGGGACGGAGAUUUUGUGUUACCAAGUGUUGGUUACACAGCCGGAGAGCGAUCUGUGGGAUCGCGAGAGGAGAUGAAACACAUCGCAUUGACACAUGUCCUCAAUAGGAAUAGGUUCAUAUGGGCAAGGUCGGGUUCCUCGUUCUUGUCGGAGGAUGACCCAUGCUUUCUAUCCUCAUUGUUCCCGCACCUGGACAUGUUCGGUAUCGGGGCGUUCAAUCACCCUGCACGAUUGCCAUCGCAGAAGAUAUCGAUCAAGGCUCAGACUGAAAAUAUGUUGAGGCGACAUCAAUCCAAGUUUGUUGGUGAUCCUGUGUUCCCGUUUAUCAUGUGGAAUGUCGUUCAAAAACGAAAUGUGAGACAAAACUCAUCCUUUACGGUGCCCGAGAGCACGCAGAUGGUAAUUCAGCGUGAACUGCUUGAGGUUGCGCCAGCUUUGGUGGACCUUGCUGCCAAAUGGAAGAAAGAUCCUCGCGCAUCGCCCGUCACUCACCUCGAGCGCAAGGCUGUCCAACUGUUACGUCAGGUCCAGUUCACAUCCACCAACAUACCUGGAAGCCCGGGUUACAAGCUGGCCCGGCGGAACGAAGUUCGAGCCAUGCUCCCCAUGUAUGGCACGCCUGCGCUGUUC